ACCACAGUUCCCAUGGCAGCAACUGCCCUGUUCCUCUUGGCCUAGGGAAAGCUAGUGCUUACAGAAACCAGGUUGUUCAGGUGGGAAGAUUGUUACUUACUUCCAGCUUAUUCUGAGAUUGCCACUCGGCAGCGCUGAUUAUUGGGAGGUUCUUCAGACUGGGUUCACAAACCUCCGUCAGCCCAAACUCCAGAUUGGAGCACCACAUUGAUUCGGCCACGUUGCUCAGAGAAGAGAAGUUUUCCUGGGAUUCUCAACUCCUUUAAAUGUUACUCCGUAAGUGGACUGGAUUUCAGAGUUUGCCUUCCCGAUUCGGAGGCGUCGAUGGAGGUUUCCAACACAGUUCUGUGGAGAACUCAAGACUCCACAGCCAAGAGUCUGGAAAUACCAGCGGAAACCCCAUAUCCUUCUGUGGGUCGCUUUUGGCCUCAGAAAAGAUCCUUCCUUCAAAGAGUCCUUUUCCAUCACAGCUAAAGAGCAGUGGGGUAAUAGCUCAGCGAGAGCUCAGCAGCCCACGAAGCAACCCAGGAGGAACCUGCAUAAACUUCCGACACCCUGGGCCUCUGAGAGCCAUGUCUGUGGGGUCCCAGCCUGGUUCUCAGUCCAACAACGACAGAACAGGUGUUCCAAGCAAUCUGGCCUACGGCAUGCAGCCUCCCGGUUCAAAUCUUAGGAGGAGGAAUUCCUUAUCCCACCUUCCUAACAACAAUACAAAGGACUUUAAUUCCGAUCAGCCGUUAGCUAGAAAAAGGUGGAGCGGCUCGCAGCCGGACCUGCAGGCAAACUUUCUGGAAGAGACACCAAGGAACGGGAAGCUAAGAGAAGGGGACGACUCUCUGGCAGGGCAACCUAAAGAGUUUGGAGCAUGGAACCUCGCGUUGGAAGUUGACAUGAUGGAAUUUGAGAUCUGUUCCCUAAAACAGAAGCAGAUGGAAAGCUCCUUUGCCUACCUGGAGAAGGAAAGAAAGUGGUUGGAAGUGAUUCGUUUGGAAGGCAGGACACGAAAAGGGGAACUGGAUGAUAAGAUCUUCAAGAUGGAAAUGGAGCUGGCCAAGACGAGGUCUUAUUUUGGUAAAAGGGAUCACCGCUUGCAUUCCCAGAGUUUCGGUCACAGCGAACCUGUGAGCCAGGACAUGUUGGACGUCGGCCAGGAACUGAAGAACCUCCAAAAAAGCUUGGGUGCUUUGAAGAACUGCAUCAAGACCUUAGAAGAGAAACGAAACGAGAUGGUGCAGCAGCUGAAAUGCGUGAAGGAGGUGAGUUUGGAGGGAGAGCAGAGCUCAGUCAGCCAUACAACAGCUACAAAGCCACUGGAAACCAAGCGAGAAAGAUGCCAACUCCAAGCUGCUUACAAGAACAUCAAACAGAAGAAUGCAGCUUUGCUUCAGCAAGUCCAGCACCUCAGUUUGGAGUUGAAACAUGCCCAGAAAAAUCAAGAAGAAUCCGGGGACCAGAUCUCGGCUCUCAAAUCAGAGCUUGCAAGUUGUAAGAAUCAGGUCCAUCAACAGGAAGAAGAGAAAGCCCUCAUGAAGGAGGAGAUGGAAUCUGUCAGACAGUCGAAGGAAGAGCUUUCUUCUAUAGCAGCUGAGAGCCACCAAAGGCUGGCAGCUCUUUUAGAAAAACUGCAUCUUCUGGAAGAGGAGGAAAAGUCCCAGGCUAACCACAUCCGGGCUCUGGAGGACAAGUUGCUGGAAGAGAAGGAGAAACACCUUCUCGGAAGAACGGAGGAGCUGCAAGGCCAGGAGGAGACCAAGAAAGCUCUGCAGGCAAGCUGUGAAAAUCUCAGGGAAUCUCUGAUCCAAUUACAGGAGGAGAAAGGUCUUCUGCAGGUUCACUGCCAGGACCUUGAAAGGCAAGCUGAAGAGUUGGGCAAGCAAUUGGACGAGCAGCGGUCCAUCUCCCAAGACUGGAGAAACCGAUGGGAGGAAGGAAAUGCCACUCUGAAGACCAAGGAAGAAGACCUGGAGAAAAUGAAUGCCCAGAACCAGGAUUUUCAAGCCAAGAACGCAGAAUGGAGUUUGGAGAAGCAGAGGCUGCAGCAACUGGUCCAUGUUUUGGAGGAGCAACUUACCGAAAAGGACCAAGCCUUGAAAGAUCUCAGGAUGACCAAAGAUGGAGACAGAACUGUGUUGGAGACGAGAACUUCCUCAGAGCCGAAGAUAACAAGGGAAGGUCUGGGGACCUCUUGUGAGAAGGGGCGUCCUAGUGGCUUGGAGGCAAAGAUUAUUGGGAAUCAGCUGGAAGGUCUCAGGCUACAACAUCAUUCAGUGACUGAGCAGCUGAAGGAACUGUUCAGACAGAGGCAACAGCAGCAAGCGGGAACCAGGAAGCAUCAGGAUGGGGGACUCGAGAGCUCAACAGCACCCCAGAAUGUUCCGCGAGUGCUGGGACGCCUCGGAGUUUCACCAGAAGAAAGACAUUGGGAAGCUGGAGACACAUCCAAAAGGGAGGAAGAAGAAGAGAGCCUUCGGCAGCAGCUGAAAGCAAAAACCGAUGUGAUUUCCGCCAUGGCCUGUGAAAUUCAAACUUUGAAAGAGAAAAAUGAGAACUUAAUGCAAGCCAAACUGAGAUUCCAAGAACAGAUCCAGCAGAUCCACCAGCUUUCAAAGCGACCGUCGGCAAAGAGUCACAAGGAAAUGGAGGUUCCAAGACUUUCCACCAGCCCCGCAGAUGGUGCGCAAACUACUCAUUGCCAUGAGGUUCUGGAGGUUUCCUCGCGGAAGGAUGAAGCUCCACCCUCUCCCCAACACGCAGAGAUACAGGAGCUGUGUGAAGCCUGCGCUGAGGGGCAGCAAAGUGACGCCCCUUCGAGUAUCAGGAUGGCGCAAAAGGCCUCCUUGCUUCUACCUUCCGGCGCAUCUCAUCAACCACACGGGAUCUUCUCGGAUAUACCUUCAGCAUUGGACAAGCUUUUAUUAGUCCCCGUGACUUCUCCAACCGUCCCCCCAAAGCAUGUGGAGGAUGAAGUUUUACUCAGACCCUGGAGCCCAGGGCUUUUGUCCCCCAAGCCUUUUGGGGCUCCAAGACCAUGGUCCCCUUUUCGAGAGAGGGCCGAAUCGCCGGAGAACAGAAGAGAAGCGUAGCAACCAAGGUUGGUUCAUGGGGACAGAAGAAACAUCAGCCCGGGGAUCUGACCUUAGGAAGGAUGCACU